UGCGUAAGCAGGAGAUCAUUAAGAUAACAGAGCAGCUGAUAGAAGCCAUCAACAAUGGAGACUUUGAGGCUUAUACAAAAAUCUGUGAUCCUGGCUUGACCUCAUUUGAACCUGAAGCACUGGGGAACCUGGUUGAAGGAAUGGAUUUCCAUAAGUUUUACUUUGAGAACUUACUGUCGAAGAACAGCAAGCCAAUACACACCACCAUCCUGAACCCCCACGUCCAUGUCAUUGGUGAGGAUGCUGCCUGCAUCGCGUACAUCCGCCUGACACAGUACAUCGAUGGCCAAGGCCGGCCUCGCACCACGCAAUCAGAAGAGACCCGGGUCUGGCACCGCCGAGAUGGCAAGUGGCUGAAUGUCCACUACCACUGCUCUGGAGCUCCUGCAGCACCUCUCCAGUGA